UAGCAACCAUGUUUCAGACAGAACUGCUCAAUUCAAGAAAAAGAACAAAGGGAUAAAAAUGGCAAUCCUAAAACAUGGUUCUCACCUGGGAUUGCUGUUUCUCCUCACAUUCUUUGCUGGAUCUCUCCCUUUUCUGGCUGAAUCAGCUCUCAAGAAGUACCAAUUUGAUAUUCAAGUGAAGAAUGUGAGCAGGCUAUGCAAUGCCAAACCAAUUGUCACGGUGAACGGAAUGUUCCCUGGGCCGACGAUAUAUGUUCGGGAAGGUGAUCGGGUUCUCAUAAACGUCACAAAUCAUGCACAAUAUAACAUGUCAAUUCACUGGCAUGGGUUGAAGCAACAGAGAAAUGGUUGGGCAGAUGGACCAGCUUAUAUAACACAGUGUCCGAUUAAGACAGGCAACAGCUAUACAUAUGACAUUACUGUCACAGGACAACGUGGGACUUUGUGGUGGCAUGCCCACAUUCUGUGGCUAAGAGCCACAGUUUAUGGGGCUUUUGUUAUAAUGCCUAAACUACAAACUCCAUUCCCAUUCCCUCAACCAUACUUCGAGGCCAAUAUCAUCUUAGGAGAAUGGUGGAACUCAGACAUUGAAACCAUUGUUAAUCAAGCCAACAAAUUGGGACUCCCACCCCAAGCAUCCGACGCCCACACCGUCAAUGGCAAACCAGGCCCCCUCUUUCCUUGUUCUGAAAAACACACAUAUGCAUUAGAGGUAGAGCCAGGAAAAACAUACCUUCUCAGAAUUAUCAACGCAGCACUCAAUGACGAGCUGUUCUUCGCCAUAGCCGGCCACACUCUCACCGUCGUGGAGACCGACGCUGUCUACACAAAGCCGUUCACUACCUCCGCCAUUCUCAUUGCCCCCGGCCAGACCACCAAUGUUCUGGUUAACGCUGAUCAAGCCCCUGGCCGCUACUUCAUGGCCGCCCGCCCCUUCAUGGACGCUCCCAUUCCCGUCGACAACAAGACCGUCACCGCCAUUCUCCAGUACAAAGGAAUUCCCGCCACCGUCCUUCCUUCUCUCCCCACUUUGCCUCUCCCCAACGACACCAAUUUUGCUCUGUCCUACAAUAACAAGCUCAGAAGUUUGAACUCCGCUCUGUUUCCCACCAAUGUCCCACUCAAAAUCGAUAGGCAUCUUUUUUACACCAUUGGUUUGGGGGCAAACCCAUGUCCCAGUUGCCUCAACGGCACGCAGCUCACAGCUUCUCUCAACAACAUUACCUUCAUGAUGCCAAAAACAGGGCUUCUGCAGGCCCAUUACUUCAAAAUCCCCGGUGUCUUCACCACCGACUUCCCCGACCGGCCUGCAGUCCCGUUUAACUACACUGGCGUGCCAUUGACGGCGAAUUUGGGGACCUCUCUCGGGACGCGGCUGAGUAAAUUGGCGUUUAAUUCGACGGUUGAGUUGGUGUUGCAGGACACGAAUCUGCUGACGGUUGAGUCGCAUCCAUUUCAUCUCCAUGGAUUCAAUUUCUUCGUGGUGGGCACUGGAAUUGGUAACUUUGAUCCUAAGAACGACCCUUCCAAGUAUAAUCUGAUUGAUCCUCCUGAGAGGAACACAGUCGGUGUCCCUACCGGCGGUUGGGCUGCUAUCAGAUUCCGAGCUGAUAAUCCAGGGGUUUGGUUCAUGCAUUGUCACCUGGAGCUGCACACGAUGUGGGGGCUGAAGAUGGCGUUUGUGGUGGAGAAUGGGAAAACGGCCGCCGACUCAGUUCUGCCGCCGCCGCCGGACCUUCCGCCAUGCUAGUGCUUAGAUACUUAUACUAUACACUUCGAUACACAAACCAGUGGCUGAUACUCAUUUUUCAGAUUCUACUCUCUUCUUUUCAGUAUAAAUUGUUGUAUCUGCAAAACAAAAAACCAACUCAUGAUUGUGUUGUGUGAGCAACAUAUAUAAUGCCAAAAAUUUUUACUCUCUCCAUUCUUAAAUAUGAUGGGGAACCAAAAUUUGAAAUUACCCAUACAUUUCCCAAUACAAAAUUCAGGCUUUUUCUUAAAACUUUUAAGUUUAUGUUCAAAUAAGUCUUUGAAGUU